CAUCUGACAAGACUUUUCCUAAUCACCAUUUCCAACAUUUGGCUCUAUCCCAUUUUCACUGAGUACACAAUGCUAAGGCUGCCCGCACCAUGAAAUCAACUCCUAGAAGAAAUCACAAAACAAGAUUUUGUCUUGAGGGGAUGUCCCUCAUUUAGAAUUCCCUUUUGGAUAAGAUACUGGGGCUAUCAUUGCAAGGAAUUCCUGAGAGAAAACAAUAGGAGGAUGAGGGAUGGUGAGUUUUUUCCUCAAGAAAAGUAUUAAUAAAAUAGCCCUGCUGACAGCAUAAAGCAGUAUGUUUAUGUGGGGUCAAGGCCAGAGCAAUGGACACUGUAUCCCACUUAUCCUCUUCCUCUGAUAAAGCCCCUACCAGUAAUGAUAAAGUCUUUCUUAAGAAACUAACCAAAAAAAAAAAAAAGCCAAUCCCAUUGCCAUUCAGUUGAUUCCGACUCACAGCAACCCUAUAGGACAGAGGAGAACUGCCCCAUAGAGUUUCGAAGGAGCAGCUGGUAGAUUCGAACUGCAGACCUUUUGGUUAGCAGCCAAGCUCUUAACCACUGGGCCACGGGGGGCCUAAGAAAAAGUGCUUGGGAAAAAAAAAAAGGAAAGGACAAAGGAAAAGUGGUGCUAAGAGGAUUUUCCAGUCUGUUGCUGUUGGCUGACCAGGGGGAUGCCACAGUUCCUGCUUCUCACCUGCCUUUCCAUCAUGAUCACAUCAGCAGUACCAAUGGCCCUAGAUCCUUGUUCCGCUUACAUCAGUCUGAAUGAGCCAUGGAGGAACACUGAUCACCAGCUGAAUGAGUCUCAAGGUCCCCCCCUCUGUGACGACCACGUGGAUGGGGAGUGGUACCGCUUCACGGGUAUGGCAGGAGACGCCAUGCCCACCUUCUGCAUACCAGAAAACCACUGUGGAACCCAUGCACCUGUCUGGCUCAACGGCAGCCACCCGCUGGAGGGUGAUGGCAUUGUGCAGCGGCAGGCCUGUGCCAGCUUCAAUGGAAACUGCUGCCUCUGGAACACCACAGUGGAGGUCAAGGCUUGCCCUGGAGGCUACUAUGUGUAUCGUCUGACCAAGCCCAGUGUCUGCUUUCACGUCUACUGUGGUCAUUUCUAUGACAUCUGUGAUGAGGACUGUCACGGCGGCUGCCAGGAUGCCACUGAGUGCACGUGCUCUCCAGGAACCGUGUUAGGCCCUGACAAGCAGACCUGCUUGGAUGAAAAUGAAUGUGAGCUGAACAAUGGUGGCUGCAGUGAGAUCUGCGUGAACCUCAAAAACUCAUAUCGCUGUGAGUGUGGGGUUGGCCGAGCGCUGAGAAGUGAUGGCAAAACUUGCGAAGACAUUGAGGGAUGCCACAAUAACAAUGGCGGCUGCAGCCAUUCUUGCCUUGUGUCCGAGAAGGGCUACCAGUGCGAAUGUCCCCGGGGAUUGGUGCUGUCUGAGGACAACCACACUUGCCAAGUCCCUGUGUUGUGCAAGUCGAACACCAUUGAAGUGAGCAUCCCCCGGGACCUGGUUGGCGGCCUGGAGCUCUUCCUGACCAACACUUCCUGCCGAGGAGUAUCCAAUGGCACCCAUGUCAACAUCCUCUUCUCCCUCAAGACAUGUGGCACAGUGGUUGAUGUGGUGAACGACAAGAUUGUGGCCAGCAACCUUGUGACAGGUCUACCCAAGCAGACCCCGGGAAGCAGUGGUGACAUCAUCGUCCGAACCAGCAAACUGCUGAUCCCAGUGACCUGUGAGUUUCCCCGCCUGUACACCAUUUCUGAAGGAUAUGUCCCCAACCUUCGAAACCCCCCACUUGAAAUCAUGAGCCGCAACCAUGGAAUCUUCCCCUUCACUCUGGAAAUCUUCAAGGAUGAUGAGUUUGAAGAGCCGUACCGGGAAGCCUUGCCCACCCUCAAGCUUCGAGACUCCCUCUACUUCGGCAUUGAGCCCCUGGUGCAUGUGAACGGCCUGGAAAGCCUGGUGGAGAGCUGCUUUGCUACCCCCACAUCCAAGAUCGACGAGAUCCUGAAGUACUACUUGAUCCAGGAUGGCUGUGUCUCAGAUGACUCAGUAAAGCAGUACACAUCUCGGGAUCACCUAGCAAAGCACUUCCAGGUCCCCGUCUUCAAGUUUGUGGGCAAAGACCACAGGGAAGUGUUUCUGCACUGCCGGGUUCUCGUCUGUGCAAUGCUGGAUGAGCGGUCGCGCUGUGCCCAAGGUUGCCACCGGCGAAUGCGUCGGGAAGCUGCAGAAAGAGAAGACGCAGCUGGUCCAGAGAACCAGGUGCUGACAGGCGGCCCGAUCAUCAUUGACUGGGGAGACUAGUAAAAAUGCGGCCCCUGGAGCCCUGGCCCUCCUUCGAACUCGCUGGUCUCCUCCUUGGCACUUGUCCCCACACCAAGAAUGUCAGUCAACAUCCUAGAACAUCUACCUUUUGUAAGCCUCCUACUGUGAGUUUAGACAAACUCUGAUUCUAGUCCCCACAAUUGGCAGAAGUCACAAUACUGCUGAACGAUGAUGCCCGGAUGGGGCUUCAUCCCUCUUAAGUUGAAAGCUAAGCUGUCCACUCAGAAGCUCACCCCAUCUUCCCCAUUUUUUCCCUGCAAUAAAGCACCCAUGAAAAUAAUGGACCGCAAAAAUCAGAAUGAAGUAUAAGAUUUCAAAUUAGAAACCAUUUAAAAAAUUAAAUAGUUUCUUGAAAUUAUGACUAAAAUAUCCAAAGACUCUUUAAAUAUGUAAAUAGUAAUCAUAUCCAGGAAUCUGAAUUCAAAUGCAGGAGGUCUGGAAGCUUA